GGCUGCGACGUUGGAGGAAGCAGCGAUCCCGCUGGGCGGCAGAGCGGCGCUGGGAUUCACGCUGCAGUGACCCCACGGCUCCCCGGAGGCCGAGCGCGGCAGCAGCGGACAAAGGAGCAUGCCGGCGCCGAGGAGGGCCCGUCCUCCGGCCGCCAUGAGGCUCCGGGCGCCGCCGGGCCCGCGCCGCGUCCCCGCCAUCCCGGGCGCCGGGCCGGCCCGCUAGGCCAGCGCGCCACCGCUCGCCCCGCAGGCCCCGGCCCGCAGCAUGGAGCCGCCCGGGCGCCGGCGGGGCCGCCCAACGCCGCAGCAGCUGCUGCUGCCGCUUGCGCUGCUGGCGCUGCUGGGAGGUGGCCGCGGCGCCGUGGCACUGCCCCCGGGUUGCAAGCACGACGGGCGGCCCCGAGCGGCCGGCAGGGCGGCGGGUGCCGCCGAGGGCAAGGUGGUGUGCAGCAGCCUGGAGCUCGCGCAGGUCCUGCCCCCGGACACGCUGCCCAACCGCACAGUCACCCUGAUUCUGAGUAACAAUAAAAUAUCCGAGCUGAAGAAUGGCUCAUUUUCUGGGCUAAGUCUCCUUGAAAGAUUGGACCUCCGAAAUAAUCUUAUUAGUAGUAUAGAUCCAGGUGCCUUUUGGGGACUGUCAUCGCUAAAAAGAUUGGAUCUGACAAAUAAUCGGAUUGGAUGUCUGAAUGCAGACAUAUUUCGAGGACUCACCAAUCUGGUUAGAUUAAACCUUUCUGGGAAUUUGUUUUCUUCAUUAUCUCAAGGAACUUUUGAUUAUCUUGGCUCAUUACGGUCUUUAGAAUUUCAGACGGAGUACCUCUUGUGUGAUUGUAACAUACUGUGGAUGCAUCGCUGGGUGAAGGAGAGGAACAUCACUGUACGGGACACGCGGUGUGUUUACCCGAAGUCUCUGCAGGCCCAGCCGGUCACAGGUGUGAAGCAGGAGUUGUUGACGUGCGAUCCCCCGCUUGAGUUACCGUCUUUCUACAUGACUCCAUCCCAUCGCCAAGUUGUGUUCGAAGGAGAUAGCCUUCCCUUCCAGUGCAUGGCCUCCUACAUUGACCAGGACAUGCAAGUGCUGUGGUAUCAGGACGGGCGAAUAGUUGAAACUGAUGAGUCGCAGGGUAUCUUUGUGGAAAAGAACAUGAUUCACAACUGCUCCUUGAUUGCAAGUGCCCUAACCAUUUCUAAUAUUCAGGCUGGAUCCACUGGAAAUUGGGGCUGUCAUGUCCAGACCAAGCGUGGGAACAAUACAAGAACUGUCGAUAUCGUCGUAUUAGAAAGCUCUGCGCAGUACUGUCCUCCCGAGAGGGUGGUGAACAAUAAAGGUGAUUUCAGGUGGCCCCGGACGUUGGCGGGCAUCACUGCCUACCUGCAGUGCGCUCGGAACGCCCACGGCAGCGGCAUCUAUCCCGGAAACCCGCAGGAUGAGAGGAAGGCUUGGCGCAGAUGUGACCGAGGCGGCUUUUGGGCAGAUGAUGACUACUCUCGCUGCCAGUAUGCAAACGAUGUCACUAGAGUUCUUUAUAUGUUUAAUCAGAUGCCUCUCAAUCUUACCAAUGCUGUGGCUACAGCCAGGCAAUUACUGGCUUACACUGUGGAAGCAGCCAACUUUUCUGACAAAAUGGAUGUUAUAUUUGUAGCUGAAAUGAUAGAAAAAUUUGGAAGAUUUACCAAAGAGGAAAAAUCAAAAGAGCUCGGUGACGUGAUGGUCGACAUUGCGAGCAACAUCAUGCUGGCCGAUGAGCGUGUCCUGUGGCUGGCGCAGCGGGAGGCGAAAGCCUGCAGCCGGAUAGUCCAGUGCCUCCAGCGCAUCGCUACCCACCGGCUGGCAAACGGAGCGCAUGUUUAUUCCACAUAUUCGCCCAACAUUGCUCUGGAAGCAUAUGUCAUCAAGGCCACCGGCUUCACCGGCAUGACAUGUACCGUGUUCCAGAAAGUGGCCGCCUCUGACCGCACAGGCCUUUCUGACUAUGGGAGGCGGGAUCCGGAUGGAAACCUGGAUAAGCAACUGAGCUUUAAGUGCAAUGUUUCAAAUACAUUUUCAAGUCUGGCACUAAAGAAUACUAUAGUAGAAGCAUCUAUUCAGCUUCCACCAUCCCUGUUCUCACCAAAGCAUAAAAGAGAAGUCCGCCCAGCUGACGACUCCGUCUAUAAGCUCCAGCUCAUCGCAUUCCGCAACGGAAAGCUGUUUCCAGCCACGGGGAAUUCCACACAUUUGGCUGAUGAUGGGAAACGGCGUACGGUCGUCACCCCCGUGAUUCUCACCAAAAUAGAUGGUGUGAAUAUAGACAGCCACCACAUCCCCGUUAAUGUGACCCUGCGCCGGAUCGCGCACGGAGCCGAUGCCGUGGCUGCCCAGUGGGAUUUCGAUUUGCUGAACGGGCAAGGAGGCUGGAAGUCAGACGGCUGCCACAUCCUCUACUCAGACGAGAAUAUCACCACCAUUCAGUGCUACUCCCUCAGUAACUAUGCAGUUUUAAUGGAUUUGACGGGAUCUGAGCUGUACACCCAGGCCGCCAGCCUCCUGCACCCGGUGGUCUAUACGACGGCUAUCAUCCUCCUCUUAUGCCUCUUGGCGGUCAUCGUCAGUUACAUGUACCACCACAGUUUGAUUAGGAUCAGUCUCAAGGGCUGGCACAUGCUUGUGAACUUGUGCUUCCACAUUUUCCUGACCUGUGUGGUCUUUGUGGGAGGAAUAACCCAAACCAGAAAUGCCAGCGUUUGCCAAGCGGUUGGAAUACUCCUUCAUUAUUCCACCCUCGCCACAGUACUGUGGGUGGGGGUGACCGCCCGAAACAUCUAUAAACAAGUCACUAAAAAAGCUAAAAGGUGCCAGGAUCCCGACGAACUGCCACCUCCACCAAGACCAAUGCUCAGGUUUUACCUGAUCGGGGGAGGUAUUCCCAUCAUCGUUUGUGGCAUAACAGCGGCGGCCAACAUCAAGAAUUACGGCAGUCGGCCAAGUGCGCCCUACUGCUGGAUGGCGUGGGAACCCUCCUUGGGAGCCUUCUACGGGCCUGCCAGCUUCAUCACUUUUGUGAACUGUAUGUACUUUCUAAGCAUAUUUAUUCAGCUGAAAAGACACCCUGAGCGCAAGUAUGAGCUGAAGGAGCCCACCGAGGAGCAACAGAGGCUGGCGGCCACUGAAAAUGGCGAAGUCAAUCAGCAGGAUUCAAUGUCUUUGUCUCUGAUUUCCACUUCGGCAUUGGAAAAUGAGCACACUUUUCAUUCUCAACUUUUGGGGGCCAGCCUCACUUUGCUCUUAUACGUCACUUUGUGGAUGUUUGGGGCCUUGGCUGUCUCUUUGUAUUACCCUCUCGACUUGGUUUUCAGCUUCUUUUUCGGAGCCACGUGUUUGAGCCUCAGUGCAUUCAUCAUGGUUCACCACUGUGUCAAUCGGGAGGACGUCAGACUUGCGUGGAUCAUGACUUGCUGCCCAGGCCGGAGCUCGUACUCAGUGCAGGUCAACGUACAGCCUCCCAACUCCACUGGGACAAAUGGUGAGGCCCCGAAAUGCACCAAUAGCAGCGCGGAAUCUUCGUGCACCAACAAGAGUGUGUCAAGCUUCAAAAAUUCCUCCCAGGGCUGCAAAUUAACCAACUUGCAGGCUGCGGCAGCUCAGUGCCAUACCAAUUCUCUCCCUUUGAACCCCACACCUCAGCUUGAUAACAGCUUGACAGAACACUCGAUGGACAAUGAUAUUAAAAUGCACGUGGCGCCUUUAGAAGUGCAGUUUCGAACAAACGUGCACCCAAGCCGCCAUCACAAAAACAGAAGUAAAGGACACCGGGCGAGCCGACUGACAGUCCUCAGAGAAUAUGCGUAUGAUGUCCCCACAAGCGUGGAAGGCAGCGUGCAGAACGGCCUACCGAAGAGUCGGCCGGGUAACGGCGAAGGCCACUCACGCAGUCGGAGAGCGUACUUAGCCUAUAGAGAGAGACAGUAUAACCCGCCCCAACAAGACAGCAGCGAUGCCUGUAGCACGCUUCCCAAAAGCAGCAGAAAUGUGGAGAAGCCAGUUUCAACUAGCAGUAAAAAAGAUGCAGUAAGGAAGCCAACUGUAGUUGAACUUGAAAGUCAACAGAAGUCUUACGGCCUCAACCUGGCCGUGCAGAAUGGACCAAUCAAAAGCAACGGGCAGGACGGGCCCUUGCUGGGUACGGAUAGCACUGGCAAUGUUAGGACUGGAUUAUGGAAACACGAAACUACUGUGUAGCGGUGGUGGGCAUCCUGGCCGGAGGCCCGUGCGGACUCUGAUAGUCACAUUCCGUUAAGCUGUGAACGCGAGAACACGGACUGUUUACAGCCACCUUAGGGAUUCAAAAGAAUUUUGAAUAAACUUCAAAGUUGUGGAUUUUACUUAUUUUAUAUCCCCCCGUUGUUGCUGUUUUUAUGAAUUAAAAAGAAAGAAAGGAAAACCUCUAAAGCAUUGUUUUAGUUGUCAAAGCACCAGCAGGACAUUUUGGGUAUCUGAAAUGUGAUUUUUUAAAAUCUGUAAUUUUGACUUACCAUUUCAGACUUGUAUUUAAUACAAUAAAUAGGUGUUUG